AGUAGUGCAUGUACUCCCUGAUCAACGCGGCGAGCACACUGAGAAGAUCACAGGCGGCUAUUCCAGCUUUUCCCGCGCUUUUUACCCAGCUUUCCCGCGGUUUCUAUCCAGCUUCUCUGUCAAUCUAUUCGUCCUUGAUCGUUUAACUGAAUUGAGGAAAUUGAUAGACUUCAAACAUGGCGGAUCAAGAUCAGGAAGGAGAGCACACUCUGACGGAGGAUGAAAAGACAGCAAUUGAAGAGAAGAAGAGACAAGAAUUCAAGCAGGAGAUCAUCCAGGCUCUGAAGAUGGUGAGGUUAGUCAUCGAGAAGUACGACGAGGAGAUCGCUGCUCUAAAGAAGCACCGUUUGGAGAGGAAGAAUGAACAAGCUAUGUGGCUAGACAGGAUCAAGAAGAACGAAGAGGAUCGAAAGAAACGGCGACAAGAGGAGAAUGAAAGACUGAUCAGAAUGAGAGAGCAGAAGAAAAUAGAAAGAGAAGAAAGACAACGUGCUAUGAGGAACCCCCUCGCCUACAAGAAUACUGUCCAGGAUGAGCGUAUCAGGUUCGCCAGGAUGACAGUCGAAGAGUUAGCCAAGGAGAAAGAGGAAACCCUCGCCAAGCGUGCCCCGGCCCUAGAUCUCGAUUCAUUAGGCUCCGAGGAAGCGAUGAAAGAGGCCGCACGUGACCUCUACGCUAAGAUCGUCAAGGCUUUCGGCAAUCUUUUCGAUCUCCAACAGACGGAAAAAAGACAGAAAUAUGAUAUCAAGGAGCUGAACACACGUAUUAAUGCUCUACAAGCUGCCAAGGUGAAAGCAGCUCACAGUGCAGACGGAUUGAUCAAGAAGAUAGCUCUUCCAUUCGGUGAAGUUGCUGAAUAGGAAGCAGCGAAAUAGACUGGUGCUUCUCCAAGUUCAACAUCUUGCUGCUAAAUCUCAAUGGUAGAAUGGAGAAUCUCAGUUACAGAAACAACAACAGUCUGAAUACUGCAGUUUGGUGUACGCAUGUCAUACCAACUAAUUUUAUUUGAAUCAAGAACAGACAGUUGAAGUACGGAUAGAAUUUGAAUUAAUGACUAUUGGUACGGUAAAUAUUGCCUGUAGUAUGGUCAAUACAUACAGUGUUUCAUGUGUUUUUACCAUCAUUACUGCUCUUGAUUUGUUAUUCAAUUUUUGUUUUAAUGAGGUCAUUACAUGGACCUGAUUAUCAAUCGAGUUCAAUAACCUGAAAUGAAAUAGUUCAACUUCAGGAAUGAACCAAAAAGACAAUCGAGUGAAGCUAGGAACAGGAACCGGUGAUGUCUAUUGCCAUCCUUUGCACUACUCUAGUUCAACAAUGGACUAUCCUUCAUCUUGGAGCCAGAAGGGCGUUAAAUCAUUUACUUCAAAACAGAGUUAAUGCCCUUCUGGAUCAAAACAGCCAUCAAGUCAUUGUUGUAUGUUUUAGCUGGGGUUGUAUGUCAGAUAUCAUAACGUGUCAUACAAAGUAAUAUAGGGAUAGGUCGAACUUAUACAUGUAUUGUAAAACUUGACAACAGUUUAAUCCCAAAAAAAAAUUAGCUGUUCAAUUGCAUGGUUUUUACAACAAAUACGAAACGGAUGCUAAGUUUUAAUCAUGUAUCGCAUAGAUGAUAGAUAAUAACAUAAUGUGCUUAUAUUUAUGAAGUGUGUAUAGAAUGUGAUAUGUAAUGUUUAUGUAAACACUACAAAUCAACGCUUAAAGUAUCAUUUUCGGGAAUUGUCAUUAUGCAAUUUGCUUGGCGUGUACAAGCACUUAAAUUUCCUUAAUUCAUUGUUUUAAGUUAAAAGCUCUUAUCUGAUAUUUUGUUUUGGUCACUCCCUUUAAGCACUACUUAUCUCCUCUCACCCCUCUCACCCAUCCUCUCUGUGUCAUUUCGUCUAUGUCUUACUUUCUAAGAAAACAAUGUGGUGCUCAACGAUAAUGUAAUAACUAACUAGUGGACUUUGAUUGUCAAAACUGAUGUUAUGCCUUUCCUUGCCAACUUAUAUUACUAUAAUUUCAAGGGAUAUUCCCACUGACACAACGUCUCUUAUUGUAUAUCUAUGUGGAUCGAAUCUUCAUAGUGCUGCGUACAUCAUAACUUGGGCCGGGGUUAUGUUGUGCGCAUCCUAUAGGGGUUGUGCUCCACAUUGGUAUACAUUGCCAAGGUUGACGUGAGGGACAAUGGAAACAUUCCAAACGUGUCAUAUAAUACAUCGCAGCGUACACAUGCAUCACUGCAUUUUCUUAACACGCAGCGCAUUUUGCAGAUUGCUAUGAGUUAAAUAUUGCAGUGAUGCACUUCGUGAAAACGCCCCUGUGUACACGCGUAGAUUAUGUAGACCUAAUGUUGGUCGCACGCGAAUCGGUAUUUCCAUUGCGCCAGUCAAAAAGAUUCAGGUAUAAAAAUGUACAUGACCUUGUCCAGACGCAGUCUUUAGGUACAAACGCAGCAUCUUGACGCACGUUGAUGCACGUUGACGCACGUUGACGCAAGAAUCAAUAUGAUGUA